UUUUAAGCGACAAGAAAUCCCUUACAAGUUCCUUGGGCGUUUGGAUGACCCCACCUUCAGGGUGAAGGAAGCGACGCUCAUCUACACACCUGCAACCAGCACCACCAGGAAAAUAAUGGGAAGAGUGGCCUCAGACUCUGUGCUGAAGGGUAUAACAAUAGAAGAGGCCGUAAAUGAGAAAAACCUGUCAGCAAGAGGAAUUUUGAAGUAUGAUGCAAUCGGUGUUGUUUUUAAGGAUGACUUCUCCUACCAUCUCAGAUUUCAGAGCUACCGUGUGAUAUCUCCCGUUGAUGCCUUUGAACACAUUGAUACCUGCUACAAUGUGUCAUCACCCUACUGCAAGAUUCCUUCGUACUGGUAUGGAGGAUUCCUGUCCAUUCAGUCCAGCAUUGAUGCAGCAGUCAUAGAGAUGAAAACGAACCGUUCUGUCUGGGAAGAGAUGAAAUCAAUUAGCGGCAUCCGUCUGCAAUCACCCUUGAUCAAAUCCAUAUAUAAAGUGAAUUACAUUUGGUUCACCAUUUACAGCAUGCUGUGUUUCUCCCCUUAUGUGUACUUUCUAUCAGUGAAAGUUAUCAGAGAGAAAAAGAAGCUCAAGGUGUUAAUGAAAGCAAUGGGUUUACAGGACAUCGCCUUCUGGUUGUCCUGGAGCCUGCUGUACACCAUUUACAUCGCCAUAACGUCGAGUCUGCUGGCAGCAAUCACGGUUGGAGAGGUCACCCAAGACCGCAGCUUUUCAGAAAUAUAUUUCCUUUAUUUUUUCUACGGCAUUGCGUCUAUUCACUUCUGUUUCAUGCUCAGCUCCUUGUUAAAGCAGCCUCAUAUUACCAGUUUUGUGGGAUUUUUCCUUCACAUCGUCUUCGGUUCGCUGGGCUUCAUGACACUGUUUGAACAAGUGCCACCAUCUUUGGAAUGGGUCUUUAACCUCUUCAGUCCUUACACCUUUACAGCUGGCAUCUCAAAGAUUGUAAAAUUAGAAAAAUAUGGACCAACUGUUGCAAUGGAGUUGUACCCUUUCUUUAACCAAUACAGCAUGCUGAUCCUGGACAGCAUCCUGUAUUUACUGCUGGCCAUCUACUUUGAUAAGGUUUUGCCUGGCAAAUAUGGGGUGCCAUAUCCCCCCCUGUUCUUCCUCAGGCCGUCAUAUUGGCUGCAGCAGGACAGCAAGUGCAGCACCCAGCCUGACCCCAUCCCUGUCCCUGGCUGUGACACUGAGCCCAUGCCUGAGGGCUUCGAGGGGAAGGAGGCCAUCAGACUAUACAACAUUAGAAAAAUAUAUGAGAGGAAGGGCAAGAGAACCGAAGCUUUAAGAGGUUUGUCCUUCAGCAUUUAUGAAGGUCAGAUCACUGCAUUGCUUGGUCUCAGUGGGUCUGGUAAAACUGCCCUCUUGAAUGUGCUCAGUGGAUUUUCCAAGCCUUCAGCAGGUUCUGCAGUGAUUUACAACUACAAGGUGUCUGAAGUACAGGAUAUGGAAGGAAUUCAGGCAGUGGUUGGGAUUUGCCCACAGUUAGAUUUACAUUUUGAAGCCUUAACAGUGAAGGAAAACUUGAGAAUUUUUGCUCACGUCAAGGGGAUUCAGUGGAAAGAAGUAGAGCAAGAGGUGCAGAAAGUCCUGGUACAGUUGGACCUCGCCGACCUUCAGGAUGUCCACGCUGACUCUCUGAGUGGGGGACAAAAAAGAAAACUCUCUCUUGCAAUUGCAAUUUUAGGGGAUCCCCAGGUGCUGCUCUUGGACGAGCCAAUGGUGGGGCUGGAUCCCUGCUCCAGGCACCACGUGUGGGAGCUGCUGGCCGAGCGCCGGGCUGGCCGUGUGACACUCAUCUGUACACAGUCUGUGGAGGAGGCUGAUGCUUGUGCCGAUCGGAAAGCUUUCCUUUCAAAUGGGAGAUUACAGUGCGUUGGCUCAUCUCUGUACUUGAAGAGAAAAUGGGGAAUUGGCUAUCACUUAAGGAUGUGCAUAAAUGAUCAGUGUGACCCUGGGCUUGCAUCAUCCCUGGUCAGGCGGUACAUCCCCAAUGCUGUGCUCAAAGGGCGGGACAGGGAUGAGCUGUGUUACAUGCUGCCUCUGGAAAAUACCAAGAGUUUCCCAGAUCUGCUUGGCCACCUCGACAACGGCCUCUUGCUGGGCGUUGUUCAUUACGAGGUCAGCAGGACAACCCUGGCAGAUGCUCUCCUGAAGUUGGAAGGCAAGGAAGAUAUUGAUCACAAAGAAAACCUGAAGGAGAGCGACCAGAACUUCCUGGGCUUUUCUGAACCUGCACACACAGCAGCAAGUGGCAUGGAGCUCUGGAGGCAGCAGGUCCUCGCCGUGGCCAGAGUUCGUUUCUACAGAUUGAGGCACGAUGGAAAGCUUCUCCGGUCCCUAUUGCUGUUCUUUGGAGUAUUUAUCAUCCAGAUGCUCAUGUUUUUCUUUGGUUUCAAUCUAUGGAACAAAUCCAUCUCAGAACUGACAGCCAGCAAGUAUUUUCUUCCCGCUCAGCCUCCCACUCAAACUCAAAGCAAGGCAACAAAUCUUCUCAUCUUCAAUGACACAGGAUCAGAAAUAGAGGAUUUCAUUGCUGCUUUGAAGAUUCAAAAUAUAAUGCCAGAAAUAACUCUCGAGAAAAACAUCACAAGCCUGCCACAACAUAAUGGAGCUAUAAAGAUAUCCCUGGAAGGCAAGGCAGAAAACCCAGAAGCAGGCCGUGGUAUUUUUUUUCUCAGUGUUGCUUACAUGCUGAUCUGGGCUGCUGGUUUGCCUCCUCACUUUGCAGUGAGCAGCGUGGAGGAUUACAAGAAAAAGGCUCGUGCCCAGCUGCGGGUCUCGGGGCUCUUUCCCUCGGCAUACUGGUGUGGGCAGGCACUGGUGGACGUCCCACUCUUCUGGGCCCUGAUGUGCCUCAUGUUCAUAGUCGUGCUGCUCUUCAACCGCAUCUGCCCCAUGGAGGCUUUCAUCAUCCUGCCCAUGGUCUUCAGUGCCAUUGGUUACGGAGUUUCUCUCAUCUUCCUCGUCUAUUUGAUCGCCUUUAUGUUUCGCAAGCGUCGAACCAAUCGUUACCUGUGGUCUUUUGUCUUCGUUCUGGUGAACUUCACUCUCCAUAUGUUCAGUAACAGCUAUGUUUUCUUCUACAUCUUCUCCACUUUGGUGCCCCCAUAUCCACUCCUGGGCUGGUUGAUUUUCUCUACAAGACACCUAUCAUUUAUUUCCAGUAGUAAUCUUCUUCGUGAUAAAUGGAGUAACAUCUUGGUUGCUGUCUUUGCACCUUACAUCCACAGUGUGUUGUUUGGGUUUCUGCUGUGCUGCUUGGAGAUACGAUAUGGAGAAGCAGUUGCAGAACGUGAUCCCAUCUUCAGGAUCCAAUGGAGAAGAGCCCUCCCCCCCCACAACAGUGACCCACCAGGGCAGGAGCCCCCCGAGGUGCAGGCAGAACGGAAGCGGGCACGGAGUGCAGCAGGCUCCCUGCAGCCUGAGGAGUCAGUUAUCGUUGUCAAUGGUCUGCGCAAGGAGUAUGAAGACAAGAAAGCCUGUUCCAUCUUUAAGAAAAAGAAGAAAGUUGCCGUCAAAAAUCUUUCAUUUUGCGUUAAAAAAGGAGAGGUGUUAGGUCUGUUAGGACCUAAUGGAGCUGGGAAGAGCACAACUAUACGCAUGAUUUCUGGAGACGUAGCAGUGACUGCUGGGGAGGUGCUGCUGCAGGGCUGCAGGGCCGUGGUGCUGGGUUGCUGCCCACAGGAGGACCCGCUGUGGCUGGACCUCACCGUGCUCCAGCAUCUGGAGGCCUAUGCUGCUGUGCGAGGGGUGAGGGGAGAGGAUGCAGCUGUGCUCAUCAGCCGUGCAGCCAAGGCCUUGGACCUCCAGAAGUGUUUAAAAACCCCAGCGAGGAGGCUGUCUGCUGGAGAAGCCAGGAAGCUGUGUUUUGCACUGAGCAUCCUGGGGAGCCCAACGGUGAUGCUUUGGGAUGAGCCAUCGGCAGGCAUGGACGUGGCAGGGCAGCACUGCCUGUGGAAAGCCAUCCAGGCUGCUGUGAGGAGCAAGGAGUGUGCAGCUGUGCUGAGCACACACUGCCUGGAGGAGGCGGCGAUGUGUGACCGCGUGGCCGUGCUGGUGGCGGGGCAGCUGCGGUACAUCGGUUCCCCUGAGGAGAUGAGAAGGAAGUUUGGCACGAGUUACAUCCUGGAAGUCCAACCAAAGGACGUGGGGCAAAGCGAUGCUCUCCAUAGUGAAAUUGUGCACCUCUUCCCUGGCGCAGCUCGGCAAAAAAGGAUUUCUUCUUUGCUCAUCUACAAGAUACCAAAGGAAGAUGUACUACCUCUAUCCCAGGCUUUCUCCAAGCUAGAAGCAGCUAAACAGAAUUUCAGGCUUGACGAGUACAGCUUGUCUUUGCACACUUUGCAACAGGUGUUCAUGGACUUCAAUGGGGACCUGGAGGAGCCCGACCUGGAGGCAGCAGCUGAAGAGGCUGCAGAGCAGAGGUUGCUCCAGCCCUGAGCCCUGGGAGACAUGGAGGAAUAUUUUCAGCAUCUUCAGUCAGUGUUACCGACGUGUUGGGUUGGGGACUGGGACUCACGUACCUGCAUCGCAUCACGUGGAGCUCAGCGGACGCCCUGCAAAGAAAAGAAGAGAGAAUUAUUAUUGUAAUAAAUAAAGCCUUUAUCCUUUAGCAA